AUGCCAACUUUCUUUUUUUGCUUUCUACUAUCUCAUCAUCAUCUCUCAACAUUGCCGACCAAAGAGGCGGCACUACUAUACGAACGGCGCGAUUGUGCUGCCAUGAGCCGCCGCGUCAACGCAGAAGCCGUAGGCCAGAUCCUCGAAGCGCUCUUCCUGCUUCGCUCAUCAAGGUUGGCAGAGACGACCACCACUGGAUCUGCGUCAUCUGUUCCCUCGGGGUGCUCGACGCCGGAGCCCGGGUCGACCUCGGAAGAUGCGGUAGACUGCGCGCGGCGCCUUCUCCGCGAUUGUGUUCUUACUGCUGUAGAAAUUGAGCCCGCGCAGCCUGAUCCUUCAUCUCUCCUGGCUGUCGAAGCAGAUCCAUCCAUCGCCGUCAAAAAGUCUCAUUUUUCGUUGAGCUCUGCAGCCGCGUGGCGUCCGCGGAGAGAGAUCGGGGCUGUGCUUGAGGGUCGCGACUUGCACAGGAUCGACCUCUCCGGCACGCGUUUGUCUGCUAGCUUCAAUCGCAGCGAUCUUUCCGAGGCCGUUCUUCUGGGAACCUACUUUGCGCACUGCACGUUCAACUUGUGUGACUUGCGGAGGGCAAAUAUGGCAGGUGCCCAGUUUCACUCUUGUACGUUUUUGUCUACCGACAUGUCGGCAGCGGCAGUGCGCCGGGCGCAUUUUUCUCAUUGCAUAUUUCACCGCGCUGACUUGUCCGACUGGGACGCAGCGGGUGCAACCUUUUUUCAAUGCAGCUUCACCUUGUCUGACCUGUCCCGCUGGUCUUUGGACGGACAGACGACCGUGGUGAGUCCAACCGACUGGGGCCGUUGCCGUCGCUUAGACUGGGUGAUGAAGCCUGGGAGCUCAGUGCGUGAGUGCCGUGUGGUCGGAGAUGCAAAUGCCACAACCGCCCUUUCAUUGGCACCCGCUGAAAAGUCAUCGUGCCACCCGUCACAGAGGCAUCACUAA